CACGACAUGUAAACUCAUAUCAGAAAAUCAAUGCCUGAUCUGGUUUGUUGAAUAAAUAUUGAACACAUCAGAUUUCAUAAUGGUGUUCAAUGUUUUUAAAAGUUUCAUAUCCAACACUGCUGCUGAACCAAGAACAGCAGGUAGUCCAGCUUAUGGCUGUGUGCUUUAUAAUGAAGCAUACAUCUGCAGCGGUUCUCAGUAUCACAUGUACUGCAACACAAGAAUGCAUCAUUUCUAUUACCAGAGGGAUCAAGACCAACACCAGUACCACUGCAUGAGUAAUGACUGUAUCUGUGUUGGUAAUAAUGACAGCUGUGCAUGCUACAAUGAUACUAAAUCCUGCUUCUGUGAGACUUUCAGUAAUAACAUCACUGUCCCUACAGCAGUUAGUCCGGUCUAUGACUGUGUGCUUUAUAAUGACACAUAUAUCUGCACUGGUGCUCAGUACCACAUGUACUGCAACACAAGUGUACAUGAUUUCCAUUACUAUAGAUACCAUUACCACUGUGUAGAUGAUAACUGUAACUGCAUUGGUGAUGGGGACACCUGUACAUGCUACUCUAAUACGUCAUCCUCCUGCUUCUGUACAAAUUCUAGCAAUAGCAUCACUAUCCCUGCAGCAGUUAGUCCAGUCUAUGACUGUGUGCUUUAUAAUGACACAUACAUCUGCACUGGUGUUCAGUAUCGCAUGUACUGCAACACUAGAAUGCAUAAUUUCUACUACUGGAGAUAUCAGAACCAAAACCAAUAUCAGUACCAGUGCUGGAGUAAUAACUGUGACUGCAUUGGUAAUAAGGACAACUGUACAUGCUACAGUAGCACUUUGUCCUCCUGCUUCUGUGAGGCUUACAGCAAUAGCAUUGCUCUCACUACAGCAGUUAGUCCAGUCACAGACCCUGACUGUGUGCUUCAUAAUCAAAUGUUCAUCUGCACUGGUGCACAGUAUCGCAUGUACUGUGAUACACGUAUGCAUGAUUUCUCCUAUCAGAGAUAUCAUUACCAAUACCAGUACCAGUGUGUGAAUAAUAACUGUGACUGCACUGGUACUAAAGACACCUGUACAUGCUCUAGUAGCACUUUGUCCUCCUGCUUCUGUAAGACUUAUGGUAAUAUCAUUGCUCUCACUACAGCAGUUAGUCCAGUCUAUGACUGUGUGCUUUAUAAUGACGCAUCAUACAUCUGCACUGGUGCACAGUACCACAUGUACUGCAACGCAAGUCUACAUUAUUUCUAUUACAGUAGAUACCAUUAUCACUGUUUAGAUGAUAACUGUAACUGCAUUGGUGAUGGGGACACAUGUACAUGCUACAGUAACACUUCAUCCUCCUGCUACUGUACAAAUUCUAGCAAUAUCAUCAAUAUCCCUGCAGCAGUUAGUCCAGUUUAUGACUGUGGGCUUUAUAAUGACACAUACAUCUGCACUGGUGCUCAGUACCGCAUGUACUGCAACACAAAAAUGCACUAUUUCUUCUACAGGAGAUAUAGAAACCAAAACCAAUAUGAAUAUGAAUAUGAAUGCUGGAGUAAUAACUGUUAUUGUGUUGGUAAUAAGGACACCUGUACAUGCUACAGUAGCACUCUGUCCUCCUGCUUCUGUGAGACUUACGGCGAUAUCAUUGCUCUCACUACAGCAGUUAGUCCGGUCUAUGACUGUGUGCUUUAUAAUGACACAUACAUCUGCACUGGUGCUCAGUACCACAUGUACUGCAACACAAGUCUACAUUAUUUCCAUUACAGUAGACACCAUUACCACUGUGUAGAUAAUAACUGUAACUGCAUUGGUGAUGGGGACACCUGUACAUGCUACUCUAAUAUAUCAUCCUCCUGCUUCUGUACAAACGACAGCAGUAGCAUCACUAUCCCUGCAGCAGUUAGUCCAGUCUAUGACUGUGUGCUUUAUAAUGACACAUACAUCUGCACUGGUGCUCAGUACCGCAUGUACUGCAACAUAAAAAAUCAUUAUUUCUUCUACUGGAGAUAUAGAAACCAAAACCAAUAUGAAUAUGAAUGCUGGAGUAAUAACUGUAACUGUAUUGGUAAUAAGGACACCUGUACAUGCUACAGUAGCACUCUGUCCUCCUGCUUCUGUGAGUCUAACAUCUUCACCCCAACUACUGCAGGUCUUAUCACACUGCCGGACCAGUGCAUGAGCCAGACCUCAGGAGGAUGUUCUCAAGAUCUUCUUGAGCAGGUCGAGAACAUUACAGCUCAAGUGCUUCCUUUGGACACUGUGAUGAACAUUUUGACUGUGGUCUUCAAUGCUUCAGAGAAGAUUUUAGAGACAUCAUCAGCAAACCCAACUGAAUUAGCCUCCUAUGGAAACCGCAUGUUAAAAACCAGCGAGAAACUAAUUUCUACAUUAGUGAAGCCGACAGUCACAAGUGACAGUGUCGGUUUUACUCUUCCUGCUGUAGAGGGUCAAGUCUUCAUGGUUGGACCACUGGUCACCUUAGAUAAAACCCCUCGACUUGAAACAAAAAGUUCUUCUGUGGACAUCGAUCUCAUUGGGAUCGCCAAGAAUAACAAUGAAAGAGCUGCUGUGGCUUUCAUGAGCUACAACACGAUGGAGAAUCUACUGAAGCCAGACUUCUUCAACACAUCAAAAGACACGAUUAAAACCAUGAUGUCUACUGUGAUCUCAGCUACUCUUCCCAAAACUACCAACACUACACUCACCAAACCAGUCAACUUCACCUUCAGACACAUCAGAGAGUUUGAUUCCAGCGGUUCUCUGUCCUGUGUGUACUGGAAUAUCAGCGAGUGGAUUGUAGAUGGUUGUUCUGUUUUAAAGACCAACAGCAGCUACACUGUGUGUUCCUGUGUUCAUUUGUCAACAUUCGCUCUGAUUCAAAUCAGCAGCCGCCCACCAAAGAUGGAUCUGGUGAUUUUGGUGUCUGUGACCGUGGUGCUGGCGUUCUUCAGUUUGGCCCUGUUGACCUUUGCCCUUUGUCGGUGGAGUCCUGUGCGUGAUUGGAUACAUGGUUGCAUUGUGCAUGGUCCUGAAGGCUACAACAGGGAAGAGUUACGCUGCAGUACACGGAGUGCUUCAGAUGUCUUUGCUGUGGACUCAAAACCAACAUCAAAAGUGUCCCAAAAAACACAGACAACCACAACAUCAUUUUAACCCUAGAAGGCAUGAACCAAAAAAUAAAAAAUAAAAAUGCAUAAAGGGGGUGAAAAUGACCCACUUUGGAAAUAAUGAUUUACCUUAAAAAUAAUUGAAGAAAUAACAAUUAUAUAGUAAUACAUAUGUCUUAUUAUUGAAAUAUAUUAAAAUUUCUGUAUCAUCAAUUAUUUUAAUUAUCAAACAUAUUUUUGUCCAAUUUUAUAUUGGCAAACAAUUAAAUUUAUUCAUUUUAAAAUACAGUUGCACUUUUCCUAUACAAACUCUAAACUAAUUUAGAUCUAGUGUAAAGUAUAUUCCCGACUGACCCUUCACUCCCACAUUUCUCACAGACCAUGUGAAAAUGAUCUGCAGGCAGAGACAGAACAUUUCACAUCAGAUUUGCACCUUUCUAAGCAUAUCUUUUGGGCAGAGUUUGAACCUCUCCCUUUGUUUGGGCCUUCAGCUGUCCUUUGCUGUGGCCUUUAUCUACUCAUGCAUCUGAAAUCACAUACAAUCUGAGCAGGUUCUACAUUUGAGAGCUUCAUGACUGUUAAAAAAAGUAUACAUGUGUACAGUAUGAGUACCGUAUGUACUACAUCUGUUGCCAUUUUAGCAUUAUCAUGUGAGCUGCGGAGUAUCAUUUGCCUGCCAUUCACUACUCCUCACAUGGUCUGUGGACAGUAAAUUGUCCUUUAGAUGUGAACUUCAGAAGUAGUAGGUCAUCCAGGCACUUUUUUGCUAAUUCUUAGCUCAGAGCAACAAACUCACCAAAGAUUUUUAAGUAAUCCAUGAAGUUUCAAGGAAAUAAUAUAGCCGACAAAACUGUAUCCAAAAAUACUGUCGAAAUUCCAUAGGUAAUGAAUACAGGUCAAUUUGACCCCCUUUAUGCACUCUUGAGGUACCGAGACUUUUUUCUUUUUCUAUUUUGUGAACAAGAAAUAUAAAAAUAACAUUGAUGAGUCAAGUUUAAAAAAAAAAAAAAAAAUCAUGGAAUAUUAAAUAUAUGUUUUCAUCGAUAAAACAUUUAAACAAAUCACAGUGUGCCAGGUCGAUUUGACCCCCUUAAUGCAUUCAAGGGUUCAGGAAAUAUAAAGCACCAUUAUUAUUAUUAUUAUUAUAAGACCAAUUCACACCGACAGACGCUGCAAUGUGGACAAUCACCAUAUUAUUGUACCUCAAUUCUCAGACUUUCCAUGACCCGACCAACACCAACAGAUCCCAACAGAGGUAUCACUAAUCAGACAAAAUUAAUGAACAUUUCUCUUGCUGUCUGUUGGUUCAGAGUGAAUUGGCCUAUAGUAUAAACUACAAUUAUAUAUAACUGUAACUACGCUCUUAACACUAACAUGUAAACCUCAUAAUCUAUUUUUAAUUUUGUUUAUUCAUAUAUAUAUAUAUAUAUAUAUAUAUAUAUAUAUAUAUAUAUAUAUAUAUAAGGGAAAAAACGAAGGAUUUUAUGGUGGUGGGUGAAAAGCUUAUUUUUCAGAUUCCUCAGAAUAAUCAAACGUAAAUGAUUUCAAGUAAAUGUUGGCAAAUGGAAGAUCUAAAACUAUAUCAUGUGUGCAUGGUAAAGGGAAAUUAAUUAACAUUGUACAGCACAGUUGUUUAGUGGUAAAGUUAUGAUUUUGUAAAUCUUGCACCAUUACGUUUUUGUUUAUUGAGCUCAGAAAGCUAACUGUUUCUUCUGCAAGGACUCAUUUUACAAUACAUUACUUUAUUCAUAUGCCUCUUACAACAUAUACAUAAAUAAAUAUAUA